AAACACUGGGGCCUGGUGUUUUUUCAUCAUUUCAUGAGGUUUACCUUUAUGCUCAGCUUCAAAUGCAAAUAAUCCCAAGAAGUUGUAAAAGAAAUAUGCUGCUGUACUGAUUUUUAGUGUUAAAUUUAAGAAAUUGCUGACCUGAACAUUGAGAACACUCGGUUAUUUUUCAUCUUCCUCAGCAUUUUGCAGUUCAGCAUGAUGGACUCUUAGGGCCGCUGUUGGCCAGUCUGUGUUAGUUGGGAGACGAGAUCAGCAGUACCUCCCUCCAUCAUUUCAGAUUCAGAUCGAGAGGAAGACACAAUGAAAAAUACAGAACACGACGACCGUCGUUAAUUUGCCUCAAUUCGGACGGAUAAUAUUGUUUUUUUGCAACCUGGGUAGUGAUUACCUAAAACACAAGGACGUUAAAAGGAUUACUUCCAAGGGGAAAACGUUUUGUAUAGGAAUAUUAGACGGUUUUUAUUUUACACGACCAUGGCGGUAAUAACAAUAAGACGGCAAGUGCUUGCUUUAAUGUCGUUUCUCUGUUUCUGUUCAGUGACUGGGCAGGUCAGUUAUUCUAUCCCAGAGGAAAUGCCGAAAGGCUCUUUCGUGGGCGACAUUGCUCAAGAUUUGGGUUUGGAUGUGAAGAGACUGAAAUCAGGAAAGGCUCGCAUUUAUACGGGAGACAGCGCUGAGUAUAUCGAGUUAAAUAAAGAAAGAGGAGUCCUCCUCAUCAAAGACAGAAUAGACAGAGAGGCGAUCUGCGCAAAGACGGCGCCUUGUGCUUUGCAUUUUCAGGUCAUUUUAGAAAAUCCAAUGGAGUUUUAUAGCAUUACCGUCGAAGUCACAGAUGUCAAUGACAACGCCCCGAUUUUCAAAAGAGGCGAAAUGAAAUUCAGAAUAAGUGAAUCGGCUGUUGUCGGAACAAUAUUUGUGCUCGAACAAGCAAUAGACCUGGAUGUCGGUUUGAAUGGCCUUCAGAGUUAUUUGUUAAAGCCAACUGAUAACUUUGUUCUUAAGCUGCAAAAUCAAGCGGAUGGAAGCAAGAUGGUAGAAAUGGUUUUGCAGAAGCCUCUGGAUCGAGAAAAAACAGAUCAUUUAUCACUUGUAUUGACUGCGAUAGAUGGGGGUGAGCCGCAGCUCUCCGGAGCUGUUCAGAUUCAUGUAAAUGUGCUUGAUAGCAAUGAUAAUCCUCCGGUUUUUACGCAGAAAAUAUAUAAAUCCACCUUGAGGGAAAACUCACCUCCAGGAACGAUAGUGAUUACAGUUAGUGCCUCUGACUUAGACGAAGGAUCGUAUGCAAAGAUAACCUAUGAAAUACUGAACUCUGUUGAUGGUGCGUCUGAAAUAUUUGACAUAAACGGAGAAACUGGUGAAGUUAAAUUAGUCGGGAACACUGACUUUGAAAAGAAGCGACAAUAUCAAAUACAUGUGCAGGCCAGUGAUGAAGGAGGACUAACGGACUCUAGUAAAGUUACUGUGGAAAUACUCGAUACAAAUGACAACGUACCUGCCAUAAAUGUUAUGUCAAAAUCCAGCCUAAUAACAGAGGACGUUCAACCUGGCACUGUUGUCACAAUUGUAAAUAUCCAAGAUCCAGACUCGGGCGAAAACGGAAAAGUUCAAUGUGAUAUAAACAACAAUAUUCCAUUUUCAGUUUCUUCUACAUCAACUAAUUUCUUCAGCAUAGUGACAGACAGUGAAUUAGACAGAGAGAGAGCCUCUGAGUAUAACAUUACUGUGACCUGCUCUGAUGAGGGAGUGCCCUCCCUCUCCAGCAGCGUCACUCUCACCUUACAGAUCUCUGAUGUAAAUGACAACGAGCCUGUCUUUGAGAGGAGCUCAUAUGAGGCCUACAUUGUAGAAAACAACACACCAGGUGUGUCUGUAUUCACAGUGAGAGCCACAGACGCUGACUGGAACCAGAAUGCUCGUGUUUCUUACAUUCUGGAGGACUCCUCAGUGAACGGAGAGCCAGUCUCCUCAUAUGUGUCCAUCAGUGCUGAUAGUGGAGUCAUUCAUGCAGUGCGUUCUUUUGACUACGAGCAAAUCAAAGACUUCCAUUUCCGUGUGAAAGCUCAGGAUGGAGGCUCUCCUCCACUCAGCAGCAAUGUGACAGUAAAAAUCAUGAUCCAGGACCAGAACGACAACCCUCCUCAGGUCCUGUAUCCAGUCCAGACUGGUGGCUCUGUGGUGGCUGAAAUGGUGCCUCGUUCAGCAGAUGUGGGCUAUCUGGUGACCAAAGUGGUGGCUGUUGAUGUGGACUCUGGACAGAAUGCGUGGCUGUCGUAUAAACUGCAGAAAGCCACAGACAGGGCUCUGUUUGAAGUGGGCUCCCAGAAUGGAGAGAUCCGAACCAUCCGCCAAGUGAGUGAUAAAGAUGCAGUGAAACAGAGACUGAGUGUUAUAGUGGAGGACAACGGUCAGCCCUCUCGUUCAGCUACAGUCAUUGUGAACGUGGCGGUGGCGGACAGCUUCCCUGAAGUUCUGUCGGAGUUCAGUGACUUUCCACAUGACAAGGAGUACAAUGACAACCUGACUUUUUACUUGGUGUUGGCUCUGGCUGUGGUCUCCUUCCUGUUCAUCACGUGUUUGGUGGUUAUUAUCUCAGUGAAAAUCUACAGAUGGAGACAGUCUCGCAUCCUGUAUCAUUCCAACCUGCCUGUGAUUCCAUAUUAUCCUCCACGUUACUCAGACACUUUGGGGACAACAGGGACUCUCCAACACGUGUACAAUUACGAGGUGUGCAGGACGACAGACUCGAGAAAGAGUGACUGUAAGUUCGGCAGAGGUGGUAGUCAGAACGUGUUGAUCAUGGAUCCCAGUUGUUCAGGGACGAUGCAGCGGAUGCAGAGUGAGAAGAGCAUCCUGGAUGAACCAGACUCUCCUCUAGAGGUGAGGGCCUUUGAUAUAAUAAUCUGAAAUAAAAUUUGUUUU